UCUUCUCUCACUAUCCCCCAAAACCCUAGUGCUCGCUCCAUCCUCCGCGCUCUUUCUCGCUUGCACUCUCUUAUAGCCCUAAACAAAAUCCAGAUCCAUCGGCGGUGAGAGAGAAUGGCGGCGAUCGAGCACACCGUGUUGCAGUUCUCGACGUCUCCGUCGUCGAGCUUGUCGGCGAAGGUUCAUCCUCUCGUCAUCUUUAACAUCUGCGAUUGCUACGUCAGGCGUCCCGACCAGUCGGAGCGCGUCAUCGGCACGCUCCUCGGCUCCGUCCUGCCUGACGGAACUGUCGACAUCAGAAACUCCUACGCUGUUCCUCAUGUGAGCGCCGAGCAGGUUGCUUUAGAUAUUGAGUACCAUCACAAUAUGUUGAUAUCCCACCAGAAGGUGAAUCCCAAGGAAGUCAUUGUUGGAUGGUAUUCAACUGGUCUUGGAGUUACUGGUGGUAGUGCAUUGUUUCAUGAAUUCUAUUCUAGAGAAGCUCCCAACCCGGUUCAUUUGACUGUUGAUACUGGAUUUGUUAAUGGAGCGGGUACCAUAAAAGCUUAUGUUUCGGUGAAUUUGUCUCUUGGAGAUCGGCAACUUGCUGCGCAGUUUCAAGAAAUUCCUCUUGAUCUUCGCAUGGUUGAAGCUGAGCGAGUUGGAUAUGAUAUUUUAAAGACCCCAAUGGUUGACAAACUCCCAACUGAUCUUGAAGGAAUGGAAGCCUCAAUGGAGCGGCUUCUAGCUUUAAUUGAUGAUGUUUACAAAUAUGUUGACAAUGUUGUGGAAGGCCGUGUUGAACAAGAUAACACUAUAGGGAGAUUUCUUUUCGAUACGAUCGCAUCUCUUCCAAAACUGUCUCCAUCAGCUUUUGAUAAGCUUAUCAAUGACAGCCUGCAGGACAACUUGCUCUUACUGUACUUGUCAAGCAUCACAAGGACACAGCUCACCUUAGCCGAAAAAUUGAACACGGCUGCUCAGGUUCUGUAAUGCCUUCGCUUACAGUACCUAUGUCAUGAGAUUCUACUUUUGAAAGUAAUCUGUCAAAGGAUAUAUGACCAACUGUGAGAACGGGGUCCUUGUUUGCAGAGAAGGGUGUAAUAUUUUUAUUUCCAUUGAAAGUAUAGGUAGGAUUGUUCAAUCUUUUCAAUACUGCUUUAAUGGUUGGCUAGAAACAUGAUCAAUUUUGGAGCUAAUUUUAUGGUUCGUAUCCUGUUUCUGUACCGUUGUUUGAAGCUUCGACUUUGUAGUUUAUUUUACCAAAUUCAGAAUAGGUUGUUCCCUAA